AUGGAGGACCCCGAAGAUACGAGCCGGGAUAAUGUGCUUUGGGGCGAUGCCAUGGAGGAGAUAUUCAUCGACAUGCUCUACCAGGACGCGCUUCAAGGUAGAUUAAAGGGCGGAAAGAUAACGUUUAGAGAGCAUGGAGUUUAUGCACAGCGACUCACUGCUGUUGGGAAGAAAGUGUUUGACGGGAACCAGGUUCGUGGAAAAUUGACGAGGUUGAAGGGGAUGCAGCGCUUGUUUACCGAUUUGUUGAGCCAAACUGGUAUGGGUUGGGAUCCCGACACAAAGACAGUUGUCGCGAGUGACGAGUGCUGGGAGAAUGCCAUUAGGGUUAAAUCGAAAUGGGGGAGGUUUCGUACUUUUGGCUGCCCAAAGUACGAGGAGCUAUGCACCAUAUUUGGCGCGUCCGUUGCAUACGGGACUAUGCAACACGCAUCAACACAGCUCCCCGCAGAUAGCGACGACGAGCGGCGCCUGGAUGAGGAGAUGCGAGCUCGAGUGCCUCCCGCACUAGGCCAUCGACAGGGAUUGCCCAUUGGCAAUGAUGACUUUAUUGACUUGAUGGGGAUCGGGUCACCUGCAGUGGAUGCCGUGACUGGGUCAUCACGUAGGCCGAAGCCAAGAAAGAAGAGCGAUUUUGAGGUGCAGCUUUCUGAGGCCGUCGAGGAGGUUAAACUGACGCAGAGAGCGAGGCGUAAACGAUAUGAGGAUGCAGAAGCUGUGGCAUCAUCGAAGCGCAGCAAAGAGUCAGAGCCUAGUGAGGGGACCAAUGCGGGGUAUGAUCCGAUUAGUCAUUGUGCGACGUUGCUAAGCGAGCUUUCCCCUCCGUUGGAUCCAUCCCAACUUGUUCGCGCAAUUAAGGAAUUACUGAACCCAGAGAUGCGACAGUUUUUCUUGUCCUUGGAUGCUGCAAGGAGGGACUCUUGGGCCCGUCAUUGUUAA